AUGGCUAUCCCCAUCUCUUCAGCACCACUAUUAAACCACGACGUCGUCCAUGGCUCCGCAGACUUCAAAGGCCGCCCUGUAACCCGAUCCCAGUCCGGGUGUUGGAAGUCAGCUUUCUUCAUCAUAGGUGUUGAAGUAGCUGAGAGAUGUGCAUACUAUGGAAUACUUUCAAAUUUGAUAAGCUAUUUGACCGGCCAAUUAGGCCAAUCCACCGCGAAGGCAGCGGCAAAUGUCAACCUGUGGACUGGAACGGCUAUGCUUACUCCGCUACUGGGUGCUUAUGUGGCCGACUCCUUACUCGGUCGAUACCGGACCAUUAUUAUUGCCACUGUCCUCUAUAUACUGGCACUAGGCACUAUGUCCAUAUCUGCUGUUGUUAAUUCAUUCAAUUCUUCAGACUGCCAAAUUACUGCAGCAUAUAAGGCAGCAUGCUCUCCGCCGCAGUUUCAAGUUAUUUGCUUCUUCUUCUCAUUGUAUUUAUUUGCACUAGCACAAGGUGGGCAUAAACCUUGUCUUCAAGCUUUUGGAGCUGACCAGUUUGAUGAGCAAAACCCAAAAGAAUGUAAAGACAAAAGCUCCUUCUUCAACUGGUGGUGUUGUUUCUCGAAUAUAGGUGUUGUAGUGUCUCUCUAUGUUUUGAACUACAUUCAAGACAACCUAAGUUGGGGUCUUGGCUUUGGAAUCCCGUGCAUUCUCAUGUGCGUUGCCCUAAUUAUGUUUUUGCUUGGAACUACGACUUACCGAUUUCGCACACAGAGUGAAGAAGCAAGCCCAUUUUUGAGAAUCAGUCACGUGUUCCUAAAUGCGGCUAGAAAUUGGCGGACUACCCCGGCAGAAAUAUCUAAGGAAGAGGAUGCUCUGGGUAUUCUGCCUUAUCAAGGUUCUAAACAGUUCAGGUUUCUUAAUAAAGCAUUUCUUGCACCUGAUGGUUCAAUGGAAGACGGGAGGGUUUGUAGUAUCCCUGAGAUUGAAGAGGCAAAGGCAGUACUGAGACUUGUUCCAAUAUGGAUUACAUGUUUAGGAUAUGCAAUUGUAUAUUCACAAUCCUCGACUUUAUUCACCAAGCAAGGAGUUACUAUGGAUCGCCAUAUCACGUCUAGUCUACAAAUACCAGCUGCUUCAUUUCAAUCUUUUGUGAGUGUUGGAGUUGUCGUCUUUAUUCCAAUCUAUGACCGUAUUUUCGUUCCAAUUGCAAGAUCCAUUACUGGGAAACCCUCCGGCAUAACAAUGCUUCAACGAAUUGGAACUGGAAUACUUUUAUCUUUUCUUUCCAUGGUAAUUGCUGCUUUGGUUGAGCUGGAACGUCUGAAAAUUGUUGUCGAAUAUGGACUGGUGGACCUGCCAAAUGCAACAGUUCCAAUGAGUGUGUGGUGGAUGCUACCUCAGUACUUGCUUUUUGGAAUUGCAGAUGUAUUUACCUUGACCGGGCUCCAAGAAUUCUUCUACGACCAGGUUCCCAAUGAACUGAGGAGUGUUGGUCUUGCUCUAUACCUCAGUAUAUUUGGCAUAGGGAGUUUCUUGAGCAGUUUUCUUAUCUCUGUGGUGGAGAAAGCCACCAGUGGUCCUGGUCAAGAUGGUUGGUUUUCGGACAACCUUAAUCGGGCUCAUAAUGACUACUUCUAUUGGCUACUGGCUGGGAUUAGCGCUGUUGCAUUCGUUGCCUACUUGUACUUUGCAAAAUUUUCGGACAACCUUAAUCGGGCUCACCUCGACUACUUCUAUUGGCUACUGGCUGGGCUUAGUGCUACUUUGUUUGCUAUCUACUUAUACUUUGCAAAAUCUUAUGUCUAUAAUCGAAAAAACAGUCUUUGA